AUGUUUCUCCCGCAUCCACGAUUUGAGCUGUCCAGCCCCGACGAAGACGCGGCAGAGCCUUUUGCUGCGCUGACGAACGGGCCUUUCGCACUGGGAGGUAAGCGAAUGAGAAACCUGACGACACUGACCGGAGCCCUUCUCGUCACGGUCUCGAUGACCGCGAUGGCGAGUGCCGACACGAUCCGCUUCUGGACGACCGAGGAGCAGCCCGAACGGCUGGCGAUCCAGGAACAGAUGGCGGCGACCUUUGCCGAGCAGACCGGCCAUGAAGUGCAAGUCAUUCCGGUGUCGGAGUCCGAGUUGGGCACCCGCGCUACGGCCGCCUUUGCCGCCAACGACCUGCCCGACGUGAUCUAUCACACGCUGCAAUAUGUGCUGCCAUGGGCCGAAGCGGGCAUUCUGGACGUCGAGACCAAUGACGAGAUCGUCCAGGAGCUGGGCGCCGACACGUUCCAGGCCGGCGCCGUUGCGAUGGCGCAGUUCGACGGGUCCACCGCCGCCGUGCCGGUGGACGGCUGGACGCAGAUGAUCGUCUACCGCAAGGAUUUGUUCGACGAAGCCGGUCUGGAAGCGCCGGACUCCUAUGCCGACAUCACCGCGGCCAUCGAGGCGCUGCACAACCCGCCCGACAUGUACGGGUUCGUUGCGGCCACAAAGGUGGACGAGAACUUCAUGAGCCAGGUGCUCGAGCAUGUGUUCCUGGCCAACGGCGUCUCGCCGGUCGGCGCGGACGGUUUCGCACCGCUCGACGAGGCGGCGACGCUGGAAGUGCUCGACUUCUACAAGGCGCUGGCCGAAGCCUCCCCGCCGGGCGAACUGUUCUGGCAGCAGUCGCGCGAACUCUAUUUUUCCGGCAAUGCGGCGAUGAUCAUCUGGUCGCCCUUCAUUCUGGACGAGCUCGCCGGCCUGCGCGAUUCGGCGCCGCCGACGAUCAACGACGAUCCGACCUCGGCCGAGCUGGCGUCCAAAACCGAUGUGGUGACGACCUUCUCCGGCCCGUCCAAUCCGGACGGCGCGGCAUGGGCCGACGUACGCUAUUUCGGCGUGACGGCCGACGCAAACACCGAUGUCGCCGCCGAGUUCGUCAAGUUCUCGAUGGACGAAGGCUAUCUCGACACGCUGUCGAUCGCGCCCGAGGGCAAGUUUCCGGUGCGCACCGGCACUGCGGACGACCCCAACAAGUUCGUCGACGGCUGGGCGCAGUUGCCGGUCGGCGUCGACCGCAAGGCGCCGCUGUCGGACGUCUAUCCGGCCGAAACGGUGGCGCGGAUCACCGGCGGACUUGAAACCGCGGCGCGCUGGGGCGUGACCGAGGGGCAAUUGUCGCUCGCGUCCAAGAUGAUCAACAGCCAAAUCAUCAACCGCAUCGUGCGCCAGUACAUCGACGGCGAGCUCGACGGCGCGGCCGCCGUCGCGCAGAUGAACGAAGAGCUCGGCGCCAUCGACUAA